GUUUGGUGAAAAAACAAAUGGGAAGUCUGAAGGCAAACAAAUUAUGGGAUAAUCAUUCCAAAUAGGAAAAGCAUGAAUAUUAGCUUUCUCCGGAUCUCAUCAUAUGUGUCAUCAUGCACCUUUGGGUUUUGGACACCCCCUCUCCCUCUCUCUUCACCCCUCCAACUUUACUUUAUCUUUUAACCGCAUUCAUUGAAUAUUAUUUUUCUAUUCAGACUUCAGAGAGAGAGAGAGACUUCCAUUUAUCAUCAGCUUAUGCAAUUGAGUCAAUAGGAAAGAAGAUUGAGAAUUUGAGAUGUUAGAGAAGAUGGCAGGAGAAGAAAUCACAAGUAGUGCUACCACCCAGGACACAGUUGUUGGAUCCAAUCCGCCGCCCGUCGUCAAGAAGAAGAGAAAUUUACCAGGAAACCCAGAUCCUGAUGCCGAGGUCAUCGCCCUCUCGCCGAAGACUCUAAUGGCAACAAACAGAUUCUUGUGUGAAAUAUGUGGGAAGGGGUUCCAAAGAGAUCAGAACCUUCAACUUCAUCGGCGAGGGCAUAACCUUCCAUGGAAGCUUAAGCAAAGGACGAGCAAGGAACCGAGGAAGCGUGUGUAUGUCUGCCCAGAGAAAACCUGUGUUCACCACCACCCUUCCAGGGCUCUUGGAGACCUUACUGGUAUAAAGAAGCACUUCUGUCGAAAACACGGAGAGAAGAAGUGGAAAUGCGAGAAGUGCUCAAAGCGGUAUGCUGUGCAGUCAGAUUGGAAAGCUCAUUCAAAGACCUGUGGCACCAGGGAGUACAGAUGUGAUUGCGGCACUCUUUUCUCACGGCGAGAUAGCUUCAUCACUCACAGGGCCUUCUGCGACGCCUUGGCGGAAGAAACAGCCAGAAUUACGGCAGCUUCUAACAUCCACAAUGUAACUGCGGGCAACAUCAACUAUCAUUUUCUGGGGACUUCAUCAGCACGACCCAACAUGGUGCAACAUUUCUCUCCUGUGUUCAAGCCGAUCCAAAGUAGUAACGAUGGAGCAAUCGAUCAGAGCAGACCAGGACUCUCUCUGUGGAUGAACCAAGGAUCCCAGUCUAGCCAAGCAUUAAUGAACAACAAUCUCCCAGAACUACAUCAAAUUGGCUCUGCCGGUUUAGGAACGUUGUUUGCUACUGACCCAUUAAUCUCUUCCUGCUCAAAUAUUCCUUCACAAAUGGACUAUCCAGUAAAUUGGGAUUUCGGCAACAAGCUCUCAUCCACCAAUACUGGAGAGCUGACAAGCACCUCGCUACCAUUAACCAACCUUAAGGAAGUUGGUAGCCCUCGGUUUUCAAGUGCUCCUUCCCUUUAUAGCACCCAACACCACCACAACCAGCUGCCUCCACCAAUCAUGUCGGCCACGGCUUUACUACAAAAAGCUGCUGCAAUUGGCUCUACUUGGAACGAACCAUCUUUUCUUGAGAGUUUUGGAGUGAAGUGCAACAACAGCCAAGUAGUUCAAGAUGGAAACAAAUAUAAUGGUUUGUUUGCUCCAAACUCGGUACCUACAAAUCUCACAACUGAUUUAGAGAACUCGGCAAGUGAUCUCUCCUCCAUGAAUAACCAGUUGCAGAUGUACCCCAGGAAGCGCCAGAAUACUCAGAAGGAUGACACAGAAGGAGGGCAAACAAGGGAUUUCUUAGGGGUUGGUGUUCAUCAGACCAUCUGCCCAUCAACAAUUAAUGGAUGGAUUUGAUUAGGUGGAGGUGUCAUGAACUACAUAUAUCUCAGUGAAAAUCAUAGUUAAUAAUAAAGUGCGUUUCGAGGAGGGGGAGGGAUUAAAUUAUUUGGGACCUUUGCAGAUAGAAAAAAAGGUGGAAUGAGUGCUUGAUGGGGGCUAAAAGAUGUGUCUAGAAAAUAAUUCAAGAGCUGGAGGAUGAGGAGAUAGCUAGUCCAUGAAUAUUCUGUUGGAACCUCAAAGCUGCUCCUUUACAAAUGGUCCCUUUUAUUUUGAGAAAAGGGGGUUAGUAGUGGAGGCAAAGAAAGAAACCCCUUUUUAACUCCAUUAUUGCAGUAGUGUUUCAUGCAUCUCUCUCCAUGAUUGCAGUGUUCCCAAACUGGAAAUUUGGAAUAUUUCAGUGGUGCAAAGCUAGAAUUGAGUUCAUAGCUAGGCUUAGUUAACCUAUCUAGCCAUUCCUUGCACAUAACCAUGCAUAUUUUGUAUAAUAGAACAUAGAGAGGUCCUUGUGUGUGUAGAUAAACCACUGUCAUACUAGAUGGAAAUGACACACAAAACUCUUUGAUAUAUGAUAAGAUUAUUAUAUGCAUGACUUGGUUACUUAUUUAUAUACGACCCACUUACUUUUA